AUGGCAAGACAACCCAACCUCUUCGCCUUCCCCACCGUCGACGCCCUCGCGACCACCCUCCGCACCUACAUAAUCCAAUGCCAAACCGCCGGCCUCCACCGCCACGACUCCUUCAAGGUCGCCGUCUCCGGCGGCUCCCUCCCCAAGACCCUCGCCCAAGCCUUACUCGCCAAACCCACCGGCCCCGACGACGAAGUCAAGUUCUCGAAAUGGGAGAUCUUCUUCGCGGACGAGCGAGCCGUGCCCCUCGACCACGAAGACUCGAACUACGGCCUCCUCAAGAACGAGCUGCUGGACAAGAUUCCGCAGGAGCUGGGCGCGCCGGUGGUGCACCCGAUCGAUGUGGCGCAUCUGAACGAUGUGCAAGAAUUAGCGGAUCAGUACGAGCAAUUGCUCGUCAAGAGCUUUGCGAGCAGAGAUAGCGUCAAGCUUCCGAUCUUCGACCUGUUGCUGUUAGGCUGUGGACCGGAUGGACAUACGUGCAGUUUAUUUCCCGGACACGCGUUGUUGAGGGAGACGGAUGCGUGGGUUGCGCCUAUCGAGGACUCGCCGAAGCCGCCGCCGAAGAGAAUCACGCUCAGCUUGCCGGUCGUUACACAUGGGGUCAAGAUCGCAUUUGUAGCGACGGGCGGCGGAAAGAAGGAGAUCAUGAAGAAGAUUUUCGAGGAGGGGAAUGGGUUGCCGUGUGCGUUGGUCAAUGAGGGUGCUGGGGAGAGGUGCAGUUGGUUCACGGACUACCCUGCGGUGGAUGGAGUUAGUUUUCCUAGGAGAGGGAGCCUCUAA